AGCCGCCUGCGCAGGCCGGACGGGGCGCCACACGCUCGCGGGGCGGGGGGAGACGGGGUCGCGAGAGCUGUGACCUUGCUGCGGCUGCUGCAGCGCUGGAGCGCGAGAUGACAUCGCCGUUCACGGGACUGGCGGCUCACAGAGCCCACCUGGCCACAGUGACUGUGGCCGCUGUGUUGGGAGGGUACCUGAUCUACAAGCACAUCUACAGCCGGUCUUCCAAGAAGAGCAAAGUGAACCUCGAUAUCAGUAAAGACAGCCCCAAAGUCGUCCACUGUUUCGACAUCGAAGACCUCGGGUCGAAAGCCGUGUACUGCAGGUGCUGGAGAUCCAAAAAGUUCCCCUACUGCGACGGGGCUCACGCCAAGCACAACGAGGAGACGGGGGACAACGUGGGGCCCUUGAUCGUCAAGAAGAGAGACGCCUGACUGGCCAGCGUGGCGCGCGGGAACGACGGCAGAGCGAUCUGCGCUGCAGUGAGCCGAGGAGGACUGCCUUGAUCUGCGGUCCUUACUUUGCCGAUGCUGGCGAACGUCUGCUGUCGUUGUGGGUGAAGAAUCGAUAUGAGAGAAUGUGAAUGUGCAGCAUCAGGGCCCGCUCCUGCUCUGUCAAGUGCCUUGCUGCUGUGACUGCGUGAGGCAGUAGCUCUGUCUCUCUCAUUCCGUCCUUACAGCAGAGCAGUGCGGAGCACCCUGUUCGUUUUCUUAGUUGACAACUGUGCGAGGCAUGUUCCUCCUUGCGGCCAGUUUUAACGGUUCCUGAUUGAAUUUGUGUGUUUUUGAAAAUGUUUUCUGAAUAAACACAUUCUAAAGCAUG